GUCUGCUGAGGCCCGCCUUCCCUUCAAUGUGAGAGCAAGAGUCAGCCGAGUAGCGGGCCGCCGCUUGUAGCUCGUGAGGAUCGGGAGAAAGAACCUCCGGCAAGCCACGACCCGGUGGCGGCUUUUCCUCCGGCAUGGGAAACUUUGUGGCAAGAGAAGACUUCGAGUGGGUCUACACCGACCAGCCUCACGCCGACCGCCGCAAGGAGAUUUUGAGAAAACAUCCAGAGAUAAAAACCUUGAUGAAACCAGACUACAAUGUGAUCUGGUUGGUUGUACUUAUGGUGUUUGCACAACUUGUUGCUCUUUAUCUAGUUAAAGAUUUGGACUGGAAAUGGGUUGUAUUUUGGGCAUAUAUAUUUGGCAGCUGUCUCAACCAUUCCAUGACUUUGGCAAUUCAUGAGAUUGCUCACAAUAGUGCCUUCGGCAAUUCUAGAUCUUCCUGGAAUCGAUGGUUUGGAAUAUUUGCCAAUCUCCCACUUGGUGUACCUUACUCCAUAUCAUUCAAGAGAUACCACAUGGAUCAUCAUCGUUAUCUUGGUGCAGAUGGAAUUGAUGUGGAUAUACCUGCCAAUUUUGAAGGAUGGUUUUUCUGUACUCGUUUUCGAAAACUCAUGUGGAUUAUUCUACAGCCACUUUUUUAUGCUGUUCGACCCCUCUGUAUUAAUCCCAAACCAAUAUCUCGAUUAGAAAUCAUUAAUUUAUCAAUUCAAUUUGUCUUUGAUGUUCUUGUAUACUAUUUCCUAGGAAUAAAAUCAUUGUUCUAUCUUCUGGCAGGAGUAAUAUUGGGGCUGGGCUUGCAUCCUAUUUCAGGACAUUUCAUAGCCGAACAUUAUAUGUUUUUAAAGGGAUAUGAAACAUACUCAUACUAUGGACCACUGAAUAAACUUACCUUCAAUGUUGGCUAUCACAAUGAACAUCAUGAUUUUCCUAAUAUUCCUGGAAUAAGUCUUCCACUGCUAAAGAAAAUGGCUCCUGAAUACUAUGACCACUUACCACAAUAUAACUCUUGGAUUAAAGUGCUUUAUGAUUUUGUGAUGGAUGAUACUGUGAGCCCAUAUUCACGUGUGAAAAGACCUGUAAAAGGUGAUGAGAAACAAGAGUAACCUUCUGACAAAAAAUUUCUUCACAAACUCCAAAGGCGUGUCUUCGUGGUGGCUGGAACAAGAUGUCACUUGAUAAAUAACUUGAUGGCUUGUAAUCUUGACCAAGGCUAAAAUAUGGAUAUAUUGUUACAUUUUUAAAAAGGUCUCUGAAAAAUUAAAAACAUUGAUAGAAUUAGAAUGUUCCUUUUUUUCCAUUUUUUUCUGACAUAGUUCUGUGCAUGUUAUUAAUACAGUAACUUGAUUCUUUAAACUUAGUUGUUUAAAUUUAUACAAUUUGUUUCAAGUAUCUGCUGACUACAACUCCUACAUAUUUCUUAUUUUACUAACUAAGUGUAAUUAUUAAAUAAACUUCUAGUUAAUAUUAAUUUUGAUUUACAUGGUAUAUUAAAAUGUCUGGCUUCAGUCUCUUCCAAAUACAUGUAUGUUAUGGAUUAGCAUAUGUAAUGCUAAUAUAGCAGAUAGACAGUAUUGCAUUAUGAUUAUUUAAAAAGUAUAAGCUCCUUAAAAUAUCAGUACUCUCUGACUCAAAAUGAACGUGUUAGCUAUUUGGAAACAAUUCUAUUACAUUUAAUUAAAAUUAGCAUACAUCUAUCAGAA